GCCGCACUGAUGGCCGGGAGCGGGGCCGUGUUCGCGCUGGCCGGGUCGUACUGGGUCCUGCUCGCGGCGGCGGUGGUCGGCGUGGUCAGCCCGAGCGGCAACGAGAUCGGCCCGUUCCGCGCGGUGGAGGAGAGCAUCGUCGCGCAGCUGACGGACCCGGACAGGCGCAGCGACGUGUAUGCUUGGUACAGCCUGCUCGGCCUCGUCGGCGCCGCGUGUGGCUCCAUGACGUGCGGGUGGGUGCUGCAGCACCUGACUGGGACGCUGGGGUGGGGGUCGAUGCGCGCGUACCGUGCUGUGUACGUUGGCUACGCUGUCCUGGGGCUGGUGAAGCUCGCGCUGACGGCGCUGUUGAGCCACGAGGUGGAGUCGGAGAAGAAGCAGCUGCAGAAGCAACAGCGAGAGAGGCAAGAGAGGGAUGGUGAGACGAGGCCGCUGCUAGGUAAUGAAGCCGGUGAUGCGGAGGCCAGCACAACCCCUCCUCCUCCUCCUCCUCCUCCUCCCGGUCCAAAGAAGGGGUGGCUGCGUGCAUUGGUCCCGGAUAUAAGCAAGGAGAGUGUCCCGGUGGUCAUCACGCUGUGUCUUCUCUUUGCGCUCGACUCCUUCGGAUCCGGUCUCGCGCCCUUAUCGUGGAUCACGUAUUACUUCAAAUCGGUCUUCAAGGUCGAGGAAGGGACGCUCGGCUCCAUCUUCUUCGUCACGCAGACGAUCGCCGCGCUCUCGAUGCUCGUCGCGUCGUCGCUCGCCAAACGGUUUGGCAACGUUAACACAAUGAUAUUCACCCACCUCCCCUCGCAAAUCUUCCGCGCCCUCCUCGGCGUCCCCACCAACCUGCACCUCGCCCUGGCCCUGCUCAUCCUCAACGCGAGCACGCAGUCCAUGGACACGGGCCCCCGCUCCGCCUUCCUCGCCGCCAUCGUGCUGCCCGCUGAGCGCACCGCCGUCAUGGGCACCGUCAACGUCGUGCGCACCACCGCGCAGAGCCUGGGGCCCCUGCUGACGGGGGUGCUCGUGGGCCGGGAUCUGUUCUGGGUCUCGUUUGCGUGCUCGGGUGGCUUGAAGAUGCUGUAUGAUUUAGGACUGUUGGCGUUUUUUAAGGAGAAGGAGAGGGAGAGGGGGAGGGAGAGGGGAGAAGAGGAGAGAAGGGUGGAGAGGGUUGGUGGGCAGGCUGGGGUUUAAGUAGGUUAGAUGUGGAUGGGGCUUACAUAUAUGUAUGUGUGUACGUGUCUCGGCAGAGUCGGCAAGCUCUGUGCCCAGCAGGAGGUGCAGAGCCAGCCAAGCUCAUCCACCCACCCACCCACCCACUCUGCUGAAACUAGUUCUCGUGCAUUUUAGUAUGCAUAGAUGUUGUCACUGCUGAUCAGCAUGUGGGUUAACUAUCGUUAUAUGUGCCUGCCUGGGUGGGUGGGUGGUGUGCCGCCGUGUACCUGCAUAUGACGAAUACCUUGAUGGAUGGAUGAUGCAAGGAACCACAUAGAGGGGCAUGCAUCUAGAUAUAGAUACCCACCUUCAUACCUACAUGUAAUCCUCAUUUCUCAAAAAGAGAUACCUAACUAACCACUUGCGAUUACUGCCUGUCGUAUACAUCACAACAUAUAACAGGACAAUCGCAACA